CACGGAAGUCGUUCCAAACGAAGAAUGUCCCUAGUGAUUUUGAUUCUGCUGUAAAACAUGGAGACCCUGGUGUGGCCACAACACAGCUCGGUGGCAAUCAAAGGCCUCCACGAGUUUUACUGUAACCAGGCACUUUGUGAUGUCAGCCUCAUCGCACAAGACGGAACUACUUUCAAGGCACAUCAACUUCUGCUGGCAAUCAACUCCUCCUUCUUCCACUGGGUGUUUCAUGGUUGGAGGGAAACCAAUGAAACAAUCACAGAAUUCAAGACAAGCAUCGAGGCCCAUGUGCUUGGUGCUCUUCUCAGCCUGAUAUACCAAGGGGAAGUGAAGGUUCCAUCCCUGUGGCCAUGGAAGCAGAAGAUCCUGGAAGCUGCCACUACGCUGCAGUUCACCACCAUAGUGGAGGCCUUACAGAGUGCAGACAGGCUCCUCCCUGGCAGCUGUGGAGGACUCCUGGUUCAGGAUAGAGGGCAUCAGGAGAACACCAGUUUGACAGGUGCCCUGCAGGAAGUGCAGAUAGCUGGGCAGCAAGGCAUGAUGAAUGUGCACACUGCACAGAUGAGGAGUGGCUUUAGUGUAACAGAUGGUGAUGUCCUACAUGGUGAUGUAAGGGUGAGCUCUGAAGCAGCAAAUCCAAGCAUCACCAGAGGCUCCACUGUGUGUGCUGUACAGCUUCCCCAACAACACUUGCAGACCAGCCAUCAACAGUCUACACCCAGUAUACAACUUCAGUCUGUUGGCACUGUACAAACUUCUACCCAUGAUCCACACAUCACAGAUGCAGUUGUAAACCAGAGAGGCUCCAGUGACAUCCAUCUGCUACAAACACUAAAUGUGUACACAGUUUCUCAAAAGUCAGCCUCUGCCCAUAACACACCUAUCACAACUAACCCACAAGGUCCUCAACAAACUGUUCUACUUGAGCCUCAAAGGACUUCACAAAGUGAAACACUGAGUAACAACACACAAGCAUCUGUACAGACUGGUUUAGCUGUCUCCACUGGAGUUGCCCUGAGUUCUACUGGACGUGCUGGAGCAGGUUCUCCAGUUCCUUCUCAACCUAUCACUGAUGGACAACAAGGUGGCUCUAACUAUGAACAGGUGCAGGAACAACUUGUUCAUAAUCCAGGUCAGGACCAGAUAAGGAGUCACAUCAGUUGUGAGGAAUCAACUAGUGAUGUUAAGCUAUCAGAUGUUAGCGAUCCAACAACUGUUCAUUCAUUAAAUGUUAAUGAGACAAAUAUUUACAAUGAAUUUAUUGUUCCACAAGUUACAUGUUCCUCUGUGCCCAAACAAAGCCCAGCCAUUGGUGAGGAGGAGGGUCGUAAUCCUCUUCAAAGUAAGGAAGGUAACGGUUUGGUUGAUGGAGACACUUCACAUAUUGUUGUCACACAAAAUACUCUUUAUAGUGGAAGUGUCCCUGAUGGCGUUGAAGAUCCUCUAAAACCCACAGAGUGUUCAAGUCAAGCUACACCCAGGAAGACUGGACGAGUUACAAGUAAAAAACAAGUGAAGUCAUGUAGCAGUGUAUCAGUAACCACAGAAACAAAUAGACGACAAACAAGAUCCAAAACCAAGUUAAAACGGUUACUUCCUCAUCAGUUCAAACCUGUAUACAGAGAAGUCGAGGAAGGCAGUCAAAAUGUGACCCUGUAGUUGAUGAUGAAGUGAAGGUGAAGGUCACACAGAGACGCAACACAAGGCACCCUAAACCUACUGCUACAGAUGUGAAAUUAUCCAAAGAAUCAAAGUGUAAUUUCAGGAAAAAGCACAUAAAAAAUUAAUGCAUUUUGCUGAAGGUAAACUAAAAAAUCAAAAGAACCUUAAACGCAGUAAAUUUGAGUUCAGUGUUAAGUGGAAAAAACUGAAAAGAGCAUCUAACCUGGAGAGGAUGACAAAGACUUUAUGUAGAAGAUAUCGUAUGCUUUUGUUUUUGAAGAACUUGUAUUUAUCUCAAAACCUCCACCACACCUCCUCACAUAGCUACGCAUGUACACUCUGCAAAAAGGACUUUAAAAGAUUCAGCACUUGGAGACUUCACACAAUCUCUGUCCAUCUUUCUCAGAAGAGGAAGUUGCAAGGUCAGAGGUCAAAGGUAAAAGUUUUACUGAAAGAGGUGAAAGGCCAAAAUAAGAAGAGGAAACCAUCGGGAGAAUGUCUGCUGUGUACCGAGUGUGGGUCUGCCUACUCCUUAAGGAAAACACUCAAGUUCCACCUGAUGCAGGUACAUCACAUGUCACUGUCACAGGUUGAGAUGAACUCAGCCCUCCUAGUCAACUGUGAAAUUGAAGGCUGCCAUUUUGCCUCUAUUGACUAUGGUGAACUGGAACGCCAUGCUAAGCUGGAACAUCCCGAUGUGAAGUACAAGUGUACACACUGUCAGAGGCCUCGGAUGUUCCACCUGAAGGCCAUGCUGGACAAACACGUGAUGAAGGUUCAUGGCAACAAGCCCAUCUUCUCGUGUACACAGUGUGGCCAGGAGUUUGUGAAGUACGUCCAUCAGCAGGAGCACGAGCGAGACCAGCAUGGCAUACAACAUUCAGUGAAGCUGUUUAGAUGUGAUGUUGAAGGGUGUGAGUACGAGACUGUCCGCAAGUUCUUCCUGGAGAAACAUAAGCGUAUAGGUCACACCGAGCACAAGUGUCCUCACUGCAACUUAGUCGUCAAAACAGGAGAUACUCUUCAGAACCACAUCCGAUUUAACGAUGCACCUUAACAUCCGCCCUUUCCUCUGCGACAUAUGUGGAAUGGGAUUCGCCAAGGAACCUGUUCUGCGACUCCAUGUAAAG